GAAUUGAAAAAGACAUUUAGUUAAAUAUGAUAUAAUGUAAGUAAAAAUAAAUUUUGUUGAAGAGUAUUUACUAUCUAGAGAAGUUUGAAAUGCAAAUUUCGGUGUAUUAUAUUAAAUUGGAUGUACAUCUAAUGAAAAUGGACUUAUAAGAAAAAGAGAAUAUUUGAUUUAUGAAAUUAUUAUCACAUGUUAAUCAUUGGUUCCAAGUUAGGUUUUACCUUAUUAUCUGCAAAAGUAUAAGUUCCAGAACGUUCUAAGAAUGGAUAUGCAGGUGCACCCAUUGUAUUGUACUCUUUCUGGAAAGUUCAGCUAAAUAUUUGACCCAAAAAAAAGCUUUGUAUAUGUAUCUAACUCUUCUAUUUAUAAGUCACAUACGUGGCCAAUCUCUUCGCCACAUCUUCUUCCUCAAUUACCAUAAACUAACACACACCCAAAGCAGUGUUGUGUGUUUUCAAAAGACGCACUUUCCCGCGUCUUUCUAAGCCUCCUUUUGUUUGUGUCGUCCUUGGUCUUCACUAAUUCAGAAACCCAAAUGAUUCGUCACGUCUCUUGAACCAAAACGUACGAAAAAAACAAUAUUAGGUCAAAGGUGUCAUCAUCGGAGGUCUAUUAUUGAUCAAAAGAAGGAAGAUGGAGCCGUCGUCGAGUUCGAGAGCGUGGUCAAUGCCAGUGCCAAUGGGAGGAUUGCAAGAACCAGGGCCAUAUCCGUUUCUGACAAAGACUUUCGAGAUGGUGGACGACCCAAACACAAACCACAUUGUGUCGUGGAACAGGGGAGGCAUUAGUUUUGUCGUGUGGGAUCCACGUUCUUUCUCCGCGACCAUUUUCCCUCUAUACUUCAAGCACAACAACUUCUCCAGUUUCGUCAGACAACUCAACACUUACUUUUGGAGGACCUCGACGAAGCGUUCGGCCUCCAGUUACUGCGAAAUGGGAUUCAGAAAGAUUGAGGCAGAGAGAUGGGAGUUCAUGAAUGAUGGUUUCUUGAUGGGACAGAGAGACCUUCUCAAAAGCAUCAAGCGACGAACCUCCUCCUCUGCCCCUCCCUCGCUCCAUCACGCGCAAGGCGACCCCUGCGUCGAGCUCCGGCAAGAGAGGCAUGUCCUGAUGAUGGAGAUCUCGAGACUCAGACAGCAGGAGCAGAGAGCGAGAGGCUAUAUCCAAACAAUGGAGCAGAGGAUCAAUGGAGCAGAGAAGAAACAGAGACAUAUGAUGUCUUUCCUGAGGCGUGCCGUGCAGAACCCCGCUCUUCUGCAGCAGCUGCUCGAGCAGCAGAGGAAAGAGCUAGAGGAGGCUUCGAUGGAUCAGGUCAAACCGGAGACGGUGGAACACGUUUCGGAGCUGGAGGCUCUGGCACUGGAGAUGCAAGGACAUGGACGGCAACGGACUGAGGAGGUGGAGAGGGAGCUCGACGACGGGUUUUGGGAAGAACUACUGAUAAUGAACAAGGAUGAAGAUGGAGUAGAGGCGAAUGUGAACGCAUGUUAACUAGGUUCUUGUUCGAACCUGGUAACCAAUAAAUUAAUGAAAAUACAAAAGAGAUAUAUAUUUAUCUAUUAUGAGCAUCUUUAUCUAAGGAUACUAGAGGAUUUUUAGUGUGUGGGUCCUGCGUAGGAUUCAAUUUUUUUAAAAAAAUUGGUUACCAAAACUAUCAAAUAGUGGUCGAUUUUUGAGGGUUUUUUAUACUGUUCGCGGAUCCCAAUGAGGUCUGAGUUUUUCUCUUUUUUCUAUGCUGGCACGUCAUCAAUUAGUGUGACCGCAGGCUGGUACGUGUCCUCCACAGCUAUUGAUACGACACGUUUUGUUUCUUUCUACACUUAACUUUAUGUGGGCUUGCUGUUUUACUCAAGAAUUCGUGAGUCCAAUAGCGUGAAACCUCCUUCUUCUUCGUAACUACACUACGAGCCAAACCAAAAAAUGCUCUUCUGCAUUCUCUGUCACCAUCAAUGGAGUUUCUAGAGAUUGAUUGACUUAAAUCGACGUGAUGAACUCUUUGUCGGUCUUCAAUGGCGUCGUUUAGUCUUCUAUUCUAAUCAACCGAAACGAUCUCAAAUACAGAUUCAUUGCUUUCUUAACUCCAUAGACCGACGUGAAGCAUAUUGAAUGUGACUUAUCCUCCUGCAAGGCGGUGUGUCUAUACCUUCAAAAAAGUUAGUCUUUUUCCAUAAAACAUCAUCCUCUCAGUCUGUGAAAGCAACAAAAAAAAUUACAUUCAGUCUCUCUUCUUCAUCUGCUUACUGCCUCUGAUCCUCUUCUCAUAUCUCUCGCUUCCCUUUUCCAUCAACUUGUCCUUCUCCGAUUCAGAAUCCAGACGACUGAGAUUAUAAGUUAUUUCGUCAGAUCAGCUGCAAUCUUUAUCUCUCUCUCUCUUUUGAUCUUUUUGGUUGUGGUUAUGAUGUGGUUAGUCUAAUGACUUUCAGGGUUGCUAGGAAAAGAAGAUUUUUCAUUGCAAGAUGUCUUUUUCAGUGACUCUUCAUGUUUCAGAGGCUUUCCCUUUCGUAAACAAAUCCAGAAUGGUAAGGGCGAAGAGAAGUGCUCAUGUGGUGAUUGGUGCCAAGAUUACUCGGAUACAAGAGCUGAUGGACAAUAUAUUGCAACGCCAACUUCAGGUCACGUUUACACAGACAAAGACGUAAAUCUACGUGAAGAGGGAGUUCCCAUGUUUCAUCCUCUCCAAUCUUUUCCAACACACUGCUCUACGUGUGCUGCUAUCAAAUAAGGAAUAGUUCCUGCUGGUGGUGCGACUUUGGUUCAUCUCUCAACUGUCUAUUCUUUCCAUUAAGAAGAAACCGGAGGUUGUGAUGAACGUUUGGGAGCUGAUACAAUAGACAAGAACGCUGGAUUAGAAGGAGAAUUUGGUUCGAAAAAGUUCAAUUUCAGCGAAUGGGAACUUGGUUUCAACGCCAUGACUAAUACCUAUGAGGAGCUGGAGUAUUGAUCCAGCUAAAGUGACAAGAUGUGCGCUUCAGAACGCUACUUCGGUUGGAGGAAUGGCACUGAGCACUUAGGCCAUCUUUGUGUAACCUAAGGCUCCUGCUGCUGCAUCUCCUCAGGGCAUCAUUGUGUAACGAAAUUACACAUUUUUGUCAUAUGACUAUAUUUGUUGUCCCC